GUGCCGCUUAGAAGUGUAAACCCCACAUCUCCCGGGAGGCGCGGUGUAGUCCUUCCCUCCUUUGAGGAGAUAACCAAGAAGAAGCCUGAAAAGUCGCUGCUGGCGCCUCUGAAGAAGCAUGCCGGGAGAAACUCCCAGGGUCGACUGACCGUGCGCCAUCGCGGGGGUGGCUCCAAGCGAAGGCUGCGUAUCAUCGACUUCAAGCGGGACAAGGUCGGAGUUCCGGGCAAGGUGGUCUCCAUAGAGUAUGACCCGAACCGCUCCGCCCGAAUUGCCCUCAUCCAGUACGUCGACGGGGACAAGCGGUACAAUCUGGCUCCCAACGGUCUGACUGUGGGAGCGAAAGUGGAGGCGGGCCCCAAUGCAGAGGUCAAAGUGGGCAACGCCCUCCCUCUGAGGCUCAUACCGUCGGGGAACACCGUCCACAACGUGGAGAUGCACCCCGGCCGAGGCGGGCAGCUUGUGAGGGGAGCCGGGACGUCGGCCCAGGUGCUAGCCAGGGAGGAGGAGGGCUACGUCUUGCUGCGUAUGCCGUCCGGGGAGGUGCGCCGCAUCAAUGCAAGCUGUAUGGCCACCAUUGGACAGGUGGGCAACGCAGACCACAAGAACAUCAAGCUAGGCAAAGCCGGCAGGACGCGCCACUUGGGUCGCAGACCCCAGGUGCGUGGCUCUGCAAUGAGCCCACGGGAUCAUCCGCACGGCGGUGGCGAAGGUCGCUCCGGCAUUGGAAUGCCCGGGCCAAAGACCCCUUGGGGUAAGCCGGCCCUGGGCUACAGGACCCGCAGGCGCAAGGGCGUAAGCGGAAUGAUAGUAAGGCGCAGGAGCAAGGGCGGCAGGCGAUAG